CUCGUGCUAGGCGUGAUUGCAGAGUUCCUGAUGGUUUGAACCCAAUCACAAAGCCCCUGUUCUGUACCGUAUAGCUAUUAUUGUUUUUGUUUGUCAAUGGCGUUCCGUGUGCGUAUAUUUUAAGCCGGUGAAAUCAAAAUUAUCCCGAACAACCCAAUCAUUCCAACAUGCCGGGAACGAUUUUGGAAAACCUCAGCGGAAAGAAAUUGAGUGUACUAGUGACCAUUCUGUUAACUUUCCAGAUAGCAUGCUUUCUGGUUGGUUUGAUUGCUCCCAGUCCAGCAACAUCCCAGGGAAUCUUGACCACCGUCUGCGUUGACCGUGACCCAAAGAACAAAGAGAUUAACAGGUGGUUCACUAGAAGUUGCCCAACUCAAGUCCACUUGUCUGAUCGACAGAGCACUGCGGGACUAGAUGCAAACAAUUUGGUGUUUGUAGCAGAAAUGCCCCAUUACUCAUUUGACUACUCUCGUUGGCAGCAAAAUCUAAUGGGCAUUUUACAAAUUGACAUGGUUUAUCAAGAGGACCAGAAGCUUCUUGAUCCAGUCAUGGAACUUACUCUAGAUGCUCGCUUAGCCUACAGUGACAAGGAUAUAAACAAAGGCAAAACUCCAUGGCAGUACUUUGCACAUUCAGAAGUCAAGAGGUACAUGGAAUGUACUUUUGAUGAAAAAUCUGCCCACAAUGAUAAAAAUGGUUAUCCUUAUGAUUGUGGUAUGGUACCCUUAUUUGAACUAGGGUCAUUGCAUCAUGAUUAUUAUCUUUUGAAUCUAAGGUUGCCAUAUAAUCGUACUGCAAACAAAAAUGUUGGUUUGUCUAGACUAGAAGAUGUGCAUAUUCAUACAAUCCACAUGAACGGCGGUUUUACAAAAGUAUGGGUUGCGCUAAAAAACAUUUUUCUUUCCGAUCAUUAUUGGGAUCAUGGUUUGGUUUUGGAAUCGGGUGCAUAUCUUGAACAGAACUCCUGCUUUACUUGAAUAUAUGCUCAUGUCUCUCGGAGCCACCCUCGCUUUUCUCAACUUACCGCUAGAGUACCUUACAUUAUCAUUUGAAAUGUCUUACAUGCUUAUUCUCAGUGAUAUCCGACAGGGUGUCUUCUAUGCUAUGUUGCUUUCAUUCUGGUUAGUAUUUGCAGGUGAACAUAUGCUUAUUCAAGACCAUGGAGAGAAAAAUUCUCUGAAGCUUUAUUGGAAGCAUCUUAGCACAAUUGUAGUAGGAUGUUUUUGUUUAUUGAUUUUUGAUCUGUGUGAAAGAGGUGUCCAACUGGUCAACCCAUUUUAUUCUAUAUGGGUUACACCCAUUGGCACAAACUUGGCACUAUCCUUCAUCAUUUUAGCAGGAAUUUCCGCCAGUAUCUAUUUUAUAUUUUUGUGUUAUAUGAUCUGGAAGGUGUUCAGAAACAUCAGUCUCAAGAGGGCAGUGUUGCCAAGCAUGUCACAAGCAAGGAGGUUGCACUAUGAAGGCAUAAUCUACCGUUUCAACUUCCUAAUGUUGGCAACUGUCAUCUGUGCAGCUGUGACAGUAAUCUCAUUCAUCUUAUCUCAAGUCUCCGAAGGUCAAAGCAAAUGGGAUGAGAAUAUGGAACUAGAGUUGUCGUCUGCUCUCCAUACUGGUGUGUAUGGCAUGUGGAAUGUUUACAUUUGUGCCAUGCUUAUGUUAUAUGCCCCGAGUCACAAACAGUGGCCUGAUGAUCCCAUUUGCAAUGACGGGGAGGAGGUUGAGUUCAGCAGGUUGCCUACAGAGGGCACUGCCAAUGAAAUUUCAUCUUUGACAUCUUUUGCUGCCAAGACAAGCAUGGAUUAA